AUGUUCCCAUAUACAUCAACGCCUCGUUUACUUCUGCCAAUGUCGGCAAUAGAACGAUCGUCGAAUGGUCGUCUCGAUGUUGGAAGUCCAGUUAUAGAUGUCGAUUCAGCCACUGGCACCUCAUCUGACGGGGAUUGCUUUCAGCCCUUAGAGUUAUCUGGGACUGCGGCGAGAUAUUCCAGCUCAAAUAUAAUCGUCGCUCUCUUGGUGUUCAGAAUGUCUGGAGAGGAAGGAGGGCCUUCGUCCAAUAUCAGCACAGAUCAAGCGAAGGAAAGUGUAGAGAAACCAAGGGAAAUGGUUUCAUUACUCGGGUCAUCUAGCUCUUCUACGCUUCGCUCAAGCAGAUCUCACCCAAACCUAGAGCGCAGCCCUAAGUGUAUGCUUUGUCAAGAGGCGAUCAUGCUUCCACAGGAAAGGUUCAAGCCAUGUGCAUGUGAAGCUGUGCAAGUUCACACCUUCUGUGCCCUUAAUGAUGAAAAGUGGUUGUCCCGAAAAUGUAUCUCCUGUGGCGAAAAUCUACGACAACCACCGAAGAUUCGUUCCGCUCUUUCUUCUUCUAACGUACUCAUCAACAAGAACUCCAGAACGAAAUGCUACAUCUGUGGAGUAUCGUCCCCUAAUUCGAGGUCGGGCUUGCGAUCGGAUUUAGCAAUGAUACGGCCCUGUUUUUGCGAUAUUACCUGCCACCAUCAGUGUAUUGCCACCCGGGUGCUCACUGAACGUCGAUGUAAAGUGUGUGGAGUUCACUACCAAUAUCGUGAGUACGGAUCUCUAAAAGAUUUCUUCAUGAGAUACCGGUACCAGUACUGUUGCACCGCUUCUCUUCUCCUGUUCUUGUUCAGCAUCUCAGCUUUCGCCAUUAUUAAAUCAGUUACAAAUGUUGAACGAUUCUCUAUCGCAAGGUUAUUCCUUCUUCUUAUUGGAGUUGUGGUUUCUGGUACAUGUUUGGUAUUUAUGUGGAUGUGGGUAAAAUACACGAUUAUGCGCCGCAUUCCACGCUUUACUACUCGUUAUAGGCAAAUUACGGUGUUCAAUUAUGAGCCUUCGGAUACAAACAAACCUCAGAUUCGGCCACAACCAUUGGAAGAGAAGUCUCAAGCAGUUCCACUUUGUGGAGUCGACAGCACGCUCGACCAGUGCCUUAUAUCUUGUGAGAUUGCUCCUCCUUCAACAUGGCACGCUUCAAGUACACCGAUUGUCGACGGUAGUCAGUUUGUUGCGUUCACGUUUGACACGCCUGCUGAUGAGAAAAAGCAAAGGAAAUCGUAG